AUGAAAAAAAUUAGGUUUAAUAAAAUUAAUUCAAACUUUCAGCAGAAACUUAAAGAAUUAGUAUUCGAGUUUGACAAGAAUAACAAACAAUCAACAUUUGGACCGGACUUCAAGUUCUACAGUUUACUGAUUGAAUCAAAAGCUUCUGAUGAUUACGACGACUUUGUUGACGAAUAUAACAAAGCUGCCCAAAAAUAUGAAAAUAAAGUUAAAUUCAUAUUCUUAAACACAGAUGUUGAAGAGAACUGGCAGUCAAUUGAGUACCUUGGAAUUAUUGCCGAAGAUAUACCAGCAGUUCUAUUCAUUAUUCUCGACAAAGGACUUACCAAAUUUAAGAUGCCCUAUGACGAAAUAACGAAGGCGAACAUCGAACAGUUUAUCGAUGACUGUUUCGCAGGAAAAGCAGUUUCCUUUGCGAAAAGUGAAGAUGUACCAGAAGACUGGGACGCAAAACCAGUGAAACAAUUAGUGGGCAAAAAUUUCGAAGAAAAUGUUUUUGUGAAAGGGAAAACCUCCUUUGUGUUUUUCUAUGCCCCAUGGUGCACAGCCUGUCAGAAUACUAUGCCCGAAAUAGAAAAACUUGGCUUAAUGUAUAAUUCCAACAAGGAAAUAAUGAUUGCCAAAAUUGACUCAACAGCUAACGAAGUUCCAGAGACUCCCAUUUUUGAUGUGCCAACAAUCGGUUUAUUUGUCGACGGAGAAAAAAAGCCUAUCUAUUAUACUGACAACGACAGAGAUGCUGCUGCUUUCUCGGCAUUUAUUAAAAAGCAUACCGAAGAAGGCGAUAAAAAGUCGACGCAGAAACAUAAAGACGAAAAAAAAGUAAGGCCAGCAAAAGGAAGCGACGAAGCUAACGAAACGACAGAGGAAGAAUCAGCCUCACAGAAGAAGAAGCAAACAGCUAAAACGGAAGAAAAAAAGAAAGUCAAAGGAAAGAAAGAGAAGACUAGUGAAAAAACAAAACAGAAAGGUAAAGAUGCUAAAGAUCAAGAAAAGGAAAAAAAAGUACCAAAAAGUGAGUCGAAGAAACCAAAAGAAGGAACCAAAACCAAAAAAGCUUCUCCCACUAAAAAAGAUACAACUAAAGGCAAAACUACAACCGAGAAAAAAGGAUCGCAAAAAGGUAAAGGUGAAGGUACGAAGAGGAAGGUCGACAAAGAAAGCAGUAAGAAAGGAAAGCCUGCAAAGAAGCAAAAAACGGAACUGUAA